GGCACUGAAGUGUUGGCAAUCAUCGGUAUAAAACUCCAGCUCAGCUUUCUGGUGAGCUCAUUCCUUUCCCGAUUUACAGGACACCAAAAUGAGUGCAAAAAAGUCUCCUGAAGAACUGAAGAGCAUUUUUGCAAAAUACGCAGCCAAAGAAGGUGAUCCAGACCAGCUGUCGAAGGAGGAGUUGAAGCUAUUGAUUCAGACUGAAUUCCCCAGUUUGCUGAAAGGCCCCAGCACCCUAGAUGACCUGUUUCAAGAACUGGACAAGAAUGGAGACGGAGAAGUUAGUUUUGAAGAAUUCCAGGUGUUAGUCAAGAAGAUAUCCCAGUGAAGGAAAAAAAACAAGACAAUGUAUCAUUCCAAAAGAAGAGCGCCUGGGAUGUGGCCCUAUUCUAUAUGGAAUCACUAAUGUCUCUGGUCAAUUCUUUGCAAUUAUAACGGUUUGGCUGUGAAGGCCAAUUACUGUUAAUAAAGAAAUUCUUACACAUGUCUCUCCUUGUCAAGUCCUGACCCCCAUGGCUUAAUAGAUUUGAAAUAACCUUAGUCUAAUGCAUAUAAUUAUAUAGAUUUUUUUUAAAGGCUGAGAAGAGUUCCACGAUCUUCACGAAGACUACAAACACGGCAUCGGAGGCUUGGAAAGAACUCUGACGUGCCAAACCAGGGCCCUUACUCCAGUCUUCCACCAGAAGGACCCUUUUCCUGCUCUCCCUCCCCAGCCACU